GGGAACGACGGCGGCGGCGGCCCUCAGAGGGGGAAAAAGCCCCGCUCCGUUCGGCGCGCGCGCUCAAGAUGGCGGCUGAAGGACCCGAGGCGCCGGCCAGCCCCGGCCGCGGCGGGGCAGAAGGAGGCGAGGGGCUCCCGGGGGCCGAGGCGGCCGGCCCUGACCAAGAGGUGCUCCCUAAGCAAGCCAGCAAUGGCGCUCCAAAGCCAGAGGAAGCAGCACCAGCCCAAGGGUGCAACGGAGUCAACGUAGAAGCCAAUACGCCGGCCUUGCGGCCCGAGCCUGCCAAGGAGGAGGUCCUGCAGCCCCCCGCUCCCGACGUGGUGACUCACGUGGCGCUCAGUCUGCCCGCAGAGGACCUCUCCAUCAUGUACCCGCUGGAGUUUGAGCGGUACUGGAGGGCGGCUCAGGAGAACCCCCUCGACUUCACGGCGUGGACCGACCUGCUGCAGUACGUGGAACAAGAGAAUCACAUCUAUGCAGCCCGCAAAGCCUUUGACAGCUUCUUCAUGCGGUACCCUUACUGCUACGGCUACUGGAAGAAGUACGCGGACAUGGAGCGUCGCUUCGACUUCAUCAAGGAGACGGAGGAUGUUUUCCAGCGAGGCCUGCAGUCUAUCCCGCUGAGCAUGGACCUUUGGAUCCACUACAUCUCCUUCCUGCAGAACACUUUGGAUAUGAACCUUCCAGACUCCGCUCAGAAGAUCUGCGGCACCUUUGAGUCGGCUGUGGCUGCGGCAGGAGUGGAUUUCCGUUCGGACAAACUCUGGGAGAUGUACGUGGAGUGGCAGAGGGAGCAGGGCGACCUGAAAGCCAUCACCGCCAUUUACGACAGAGUGCUCAGCACACCGACCCAGCUGUACAGCCACCACUGGGAGAAGUUCAAGGAGCACAUGGCCAGCCACCACCCCAGAGAUACUCUCUCCACGGAGGAGCUGGUGUGGCUGCAGUCGAAGAUGGUCUCUGAGACAGUGGCCAAGACCACUGAAAUGGAGGCAGAGGAGGCUCCGCCUGGGGAGGAUGUGCCACUGAAGAUGGAGGCCCAGCAGGAAGCUGGAGACGGGAGCCACGUGUUGCUCACCGCUCUCGGUUUUCAGGGACCCUUGGACCAGGACAAGAUCCGGGAGCUGGCACUUUCGAUCCGCCAACAGAUGUUCGCCCAGAACGAGGCAGAAGUCAGCAAGCGCUGGAAUUUCGAGGAAGGGAUCAAGCGGCCCUACUUCCACGUGAAACCGCUGGAGCGGGCCCAGCUGCGCAACUGGAGGGACUACCUGGACUUCGAGAUGGCCAACUCCCCGCACGAGCGCGCCAUCGUGCUCUUUGAGCGCUGCGUCAUCGCCUGCGCCCUCUACGAGGAGUUCUGGAUCAAGUACACAAGAUACCUGGAGAACCACAGCAUAGCAGGGGCCAGGAGUGUCUUCCAGCGAGCAUGCUGCUACCACCUCCCUCGCAAGCCCAACAUCCACCUCCUCUGGGCAGCAUUUGAGGAGAAACAAGGAGAGGUGGAGGAAGCCCGGCGCAUCUUGAAAACGUUUGAGGACUGUGUGCCCGGCCUGGCCAUGGUGCGUUUGCGGCGGGUGAGCCUGGAGCGCCGGCUGGGAAACAUGGAGUUGGCCGAGACGCUCCUGAUGGAAGCCAUCCGGGACAACGAGGGCAUGCCCGUCUCUUCGUUCUAUUCCGUCAAGCUGGCCCGGCAGGUUUUGAAAGUGCAGAAGAACUUGAUCAAAGCCCGGAAAAUCCUCUUGGAGGCGUUGGAGAAGGAUCCGGACAACGCUAAGCUCUACGCCAACCUCUUGGAGAUGGAGUUCAGUGCUGAUGUCCGGCAAAACGAGGGCAACACCAUGAGUAGCUUUGACCGAGCCCUGACCAGCGGCCUCCCCCUGGAGACCAAGAUUAUCUUCUCCCAGCGCAGAGUAGAGUUCCUUGAGGACUUUGGGUCGAGCAUAAACAGCUUACUGACAUCGUACGACGAGCACCAGAAACUCCUGAACCAGCAAGUGAUGAGGAAGAGGCUCCUGGAAAACGGCAGUGCCGAUGAAGCGGAUGAAAAGAGAAUGCGCCUGGAGGACGCCGCUGCUGGAGGCGGCAACCUUGCGGUGGCAACAACAGGCAUCACGCCCUUGAUGGCGGCAGAUGUGACCAACAGCGCGAGCGGAACUUAUAACUACAACACUUGGUACCAGAACUAUAGCAACUAUGGGUACCAGAAUGCCUGGAACUACAAUCAAUAUUACCAACAGACCUGAAAGGGACUGAAGUGAGGCACCUGCAAUAUCUGUGGGACAUAGCAGAAGCUGCAGCUACUUUCGCUUGAGCCCAAAUGAACGCAGAAUGAAGUCUGGUUGUGACCUUCUCUGUGGCAAGCCGUGGAGAAAAUGAACUGUGCCCGUCUUUAAAACAAACUGGUUUUUCUCCUUUUAUGAUGUGUGGAGCUGCCUCACCACGUUAUUACCAUCCAUGAUUUUUGUAAGUUUCUAAGGGAACAUGUUGCCAUUAACGGAUCAGGUGUGGAAGACCUGAAAUCACUCAUCCCAUGCAGAGCAGAGGCUGCUCACGACGCAAGAGAGGCUACUCCAGAGAUCCUUUUGAGGACUGAGCGAUCAUGGACUGUGUCUGCCAUUAACACCUCCUUUUUUUUGUAAACUUUUCCCCACUGUACAUUUCAUGCGUUGCAACUGUAAAUAAACAGGAAUUAAUUACGA